AUGAAGACGACCCGCCGCCUGUGCGCCACAGCCUUUGCAACUUUUGCGGCGCCGAUCGUGGCUUUUGCCGCGCAGCCCGAGCCCUGGCAACUGGGCUUUCAGCCGGCCGCCACCGGCAUCAUGGAAGAAAUCGCCUGGUUCGAGCGCUACACGCUCGUUUUCCUCGUGCCGAUCGUCUUCCUGGUUCUGGGCCUUCUCGCCUGGGUGAUGAUCCGCUAUCGCGCCUCGGCCAAUCCGGUGCCCUCGCGCGUCAGCCACAACACGACAAUCGAGGUGAUCUGGACCGUCGGGCCGAUCGUCAUACUGAUCCUUCUGGCCGUGCCGUCCUUCCAGCUUCUGACCAAGCAGUACUCGCCGCCCGGCGAACCGGCCAUGACCGUCAAGGCCAUCGGGUAUCAGUGGUACUGGGGCUACGAAUACCAGACCGAGGACGGCGAAGAGGUUGCCUUCGAUCAGAUUCUGCUGCGUGACGAAGACCGCGCCGGGCUGGGCAAGGAAGACGAGGCCGCUUAUCCGCGCCUUCUGGCCGUCGACAACGAACUCGUCGUGCCGGUGGACACGACGGUUCGCCUGCUGGUGACCGCCGCCGACGUCCUGCAUUCAUGGACCAUUCCAGCCUUCGGCGUGAAGAUGGACGCCGUGCCGGGCCGUCUGAACGAGACCUGGUUCCACGCCGACCGCGAGGGGCUCUAUUAUGGCCAGUGCUCAGAACUGUGCGGCAAGGACCAUGCCUACAUGCCGAUCGCGGUGCGCGUCGUCAGCGAGGCCGACUACGACGCGUGGCUGACCGCCGCGCGCGACGAUCUCGAUGAAGCCAACCGCACGCUGAUCGCGACGAUCGAGGAUUUUUCAGGAGCCAAUUUCAUGUCGGACGCAGUGGCCCACGACGCCCACGACCACGGUGCCCCCAAGGGCUUCGUCAAUCGCUGGCUUUUCUCGACCAACCACAAGGAUAUCGGCACGCUCUAUCUGAUCUUCGCGAUCAUCAUGGGCGUGUUCGGCGGGUUCCUGUCGGUGAUGAUGCGCUGGGAACUGGCCGAGCCGGGCAUCCAGAUCUUCCACGGGCUGGCCUCGAUGGUCUACGGCGUCGAGGGCGACGCGGCAAUCGAUGCCGGCAAGCAGAUGUACAACGUGUUCACGACCGGCCACGGCCUGAUCAUGAUCUUCUUCAUGGUCAUGCCCGCGCUGAUCGGCGGCUUUGCCAACUGGAUGGUGCCGAUCAUGAUCGGCGCGCCGGACAUGGCCUUCCCGCGCAUGAACAACAUCUCGUUCUGGCUUCUGCCGCCGGCUGCGAUCCUGCUGGUCAUUUCCAUGUUCAUGCCGUCCGCGCCCGGCGCCUAUGGCGUCGGCGGCGGCUGGACCAUCUAUCCGCCCUAUUCGACGACCGGCCAGCCCGGACCGGCGAUGGAUUUCGCCAUCCUGUCGAUCCACAUCGCCGGCGCGUCUUCGAUCCUGGGCGCCAUCAACUUCAUCACCACCAUCUUCAACAUGCGCGCUCCUGGCAUGACGCUUCACAAGAUGCCUCUGUUUGCCUGGUCGGUGCUGAUCACCGCAUUCCUUCUGCUGCUGUCGCUGCCGGUUCUGGCCGGCGCGAUCACCAUGCUUCUGACGGACCGCAAUUUCGACACGGCCUUCUUCGAUCCGGCCGGCGGCGGCGACCCGAUCCUGUUCCAGCACCUGUUCUGGUUCUUCGGCCACCCCGAGGUCUACAUCCUGAUCCUGCCGGCCUUCGGCAUCGUCAGCCACAUCGUGUCGACCUUCUCGCGCAAGCCCAUCUUCGGCUAUCUGGGCAUGGCUUACGCGAUGGUGGCGAUCGGCGUGGUCGGCUUCAUCGUCUGGGCCCACCACAUGUACACGGUCGGCCUGUCGCUCGACACGCAGCGCUAUUUCGUCUUCGCCACCAUGGUCAUCGCGGUGCCGACCGGCAUCAAGAUCUUCUCGUGGAUCGCGACCAUGUGGGGCGGUUCGAUCGAGCUGCGCACACCGAUGCUCUGGGCCAUCGGCUUCAUCUUCCUGUUCACCGUGGGCGGUGUCACCGGGGUCCAACUCGCCAAUGCCGGCCUCGACCGCUCGCUGCACGACACCUAUUACGUGGUCGCCCACUUCCACUACGUGCUGUCGCUCGGCGCGGUCUUCGGCAUCUUCGCCGCCUGGUACUACUGGUUCCCGAAGAUGUUCGGCUACAUGUACAAUUCGACCAUUGCGCGCCUGCAUUUCUGGGUGACCUUCGUGGGCGUCAACCUCAUCUUCUUCCCGCAGCACUUCCUGGGUCUGGCCGGCAUGCCGCGCCGCUACAUCGACUAUCCCGAUGCCUAUGCGGGCUGGAACAUGGUCUCGUCCUGGGGCUCGUACCUUUCGGCGAUCGGCGUGCUGAUCUUCCUUUACGGCGUGUUCGAGGCCUUUGCCCGCAAGCGCGAGGCAGGCGCCAACCCGUGGGGCGAAGGCGCGACGACGCUGGAGUGGCAGCUUUCCUCGCCGCCGCCCUAUCACCAGUGGGAGCAGCUCCCGAACAAGUCCGGCACGCAUCGUUGGGACAGGGUUCGCCGCAUGGCACUCGUUGAAGACAUCAAGACAUCCGCACCGCGCAUCUCCGAGGCGACGCCGCGCGACUAUUUCGACCUGCUCAAGCCGCGCGUCAUGUCGCUCGUCGUCUUUACCGCGCUGGUCGGGCUUCUCGUCGCGCCCGGCGCGAUCAACCCGUUCAUCGGCGCGGUCGCCAUUCUGGCGAUCGCCGUCGGCGCCGGCGCGUCGGGCGCGCUCAACAUGUGGUACGAUUCAGACAUCGAUGCGGUGAUGAGCCGGACGGCAAAGCGGCCGAUCCCCUCGGGCCGCGUCAGCCGGGACGAGACGCUUGUGUUCGGUCUGAUCCUGUCGGUGCUGUCCGUGAUGACGCUGGGGCUCGUCACCAACUGGGUGGCGGGCGGUCUUCUCGCCUUCACCAUCUUUUUCUACGCCGUCAUCUACACGAUGUGGCUGAAGCGUUCGACGCCGCAGAACAUCGUCAUCGGCGGCGCGGCAGGCGCGUUCCCGCCGAUGAUCGGUUGGGCUGCCGUGUCCGGCACGAUCACGAUGGAAUCGGCCGUCCUGUUCAUGAUCAUCUUCCUUUGGACACCGCCGCAUUUCUGGGCGCUCGCCCUGUUCAAGCUGCGCGACUAUGAGAUCGCCGGCAUGCCGAUGAUGCCGAACGUUGCGGGUGAGCGGCACACCAAGCUUCAGAUGCUCGUCUAUUCGGUGCUUCUGGCAGCCUUCGCCGUGCUGCCAUGGCCGCUUGGCUUUGCAGGCCCCGUCUAUGGCGUUGCGGCGAUCCUUCUGGGUGCCAACUUCAUCCGCCAUGCGCUGGCUGUCUGGAAGAUGGCCGACGGCGAUGCGACGAUGGUGCCGGCCAAGAAGAUGUUCGGCUUCUCGCUGACCUAUCUGUUCGCCAUCUUCGCCGUCCUGUUCGUCGAGACCGUCCUGAUGCGGGUGCUGGCGCAGCAGAAGGCCCGGCGCAAGCGUUCGAUCGCCUUGGCCAUUUGCCUGGCCGCCUUCGUCGUGAUCUUCUACGCUGUGACCGUGAUCAAACUCGGCCCAGACGUCCUCAACCUCAAGCACCGCGCCAAUGUGCGGAUCGCGCUUGCAUGUCUGGCGUUCUUCGCGAGCAUGAUCGGGCUCGCCUAUGCGUCCGUGCCGCUCUACGAACUGUUCUGCCGCGUGACCGGCUAUGGCGGCACGACGCAGGUUUCCGACACGGCGCCGGUUCAGGUGCUCGACCGGACCAUCAAUGUGCGCUUCGAUGCCAACACGGGUUCGGGUCUGGGAUGGGACUUCAAGCCUGUCGACAGGUCGGUCACGCUGAAGAUCGGCGAGACGACCCAGGUCGCUUAUUCGGCGCGCAACUGGCGCGACAUGGCGACGACCGGCUCGGCGACGUUCAACGUCACGCCGCAGGCCGCCGGCGCCUAUUUCAACAAGAUGGAAUGCUUCUGCUUCACCGAGACGACCCUUGAGCCCGGCGAAGAGAUGGAAAUGCCGGUGGUGUUCUUCAUCGACCCGGCCAUCGUCGACGCCAAGGAACUCCAAGGCGUUUCGACGAUCACCCUGUCCUAUACAUUUUUCAAGAUCGACGAGGCCGAAGAGACCGCGGGGAUAUCGCCGGCCGACACCCGACAAUCGGGGAUAGACAUCAUGGCUGACACGCACGCCAAGAACCACGACUACCACAUUCUCGACCCGAGCCCGUGGCCGCUGAUCGGUUCGAUCGGCGCGCUGAUCAUGGCAAUCGGCGCCAUCGGCUGGAUGCAGGCGGGCCAAGGCAACGAGUUUUCGCUGCUGGGCAUCCCGAUGGCCAAUCCCUGGACCUUCCUGAUCGGCACGCUGAUCGUGCUCUACACCAUGUUCGGCUGGUGGUCGGACACGGUGCGCGAAUCGCUGCAGGGCCACCACACCAAGGUCGUCUCGCUGCAUCUGCGCUACGGCAUGAUCAUGUUCAUCGCCUCGGAGGUGAUGUUCUUCGUUGCCUGGUUCUGGGCGGUGUUCGACGCAAGCCUGUUCUUCAACGAGGCGCAGCAGGUCGGCCGCAUGGAAUACACCGGUGGCCAGUGGCCGCCGGCCGGCAUGGAAGUGCUCGAUCCGCUGCACCUGCCCCUCUACAACACGGUGAUCCUGCUGCUGUCGGGCACGACGGUCACCUGGGCGCACCAUGCCCUGCUGCACAAUGAUCGGCAGGGCCUCAAGAUGGGCCUUUGGCUGACCAUUCUGCUGGCCAUCCUGUUCACCUGCGUACAGGUCUACGAAUUCGUCAUCGCGCCCUAUUCCUUCUCCGAAUCGCUCUAUGGCGCGACCUUCUUCAUGGCGACCGGCUUCCACGGCUUCCACGUCUUCGUCGGCACGAUCUUCCUGAUCGUCUGUCUGGUGCGGGCCUAUGCCGGCCAGUUCACGCCCGAGAAGCACUUCGGGUUCGAGGCGGCGGCAUGGUACUGGCACUUCGUCGACGUGGUCUGGCUGUUCCUGUUCUUCGUGGUCUAUAUCUGGGGCACUUGGGGCGCACCGACCGACCAUUUGGGACAGACAAUGGCAGACGCGGCUGCACAGGACCGUCGCCGGUUUCCUUGGCUGAUGAUUGCAUGUGCGGUACCGGCGCUGAUUGUCCUUGUAUUGCUCGGCAAUUGGCAGGUGCAGCGGCUGGCGUGGAAGGAGGACCUGCUCGCGACCAUCGACGCCCGCCUGUCCGCGGCUCCCGUUCCCGCCGGCGAGAUCGCGCGGCUUGUCGCCGACGGCGCCGACAUACGCUACCGGCCGGCGACCGCGACAGGCACCUUCGACCACGCCAACGAGCGGCAUUUCUUCGCGACCCACAAGGGCGCUUCGGGCUAUUACGUCUAUACGCCGCUCCUCAUGGACGAUGGGCGCAUGCUGCUGGUCAAUCGGGGCUUUGUGCCGUUCGAUCUCAAGGAACCGGCAACGCGUGCCGAGGGGCAGGUCGAUGGGCCGGUAACGGUCACCGGGCUUGCGCGCGAGCGGCUCGAUGGCAAGCCCUCCUUCAUCGUGCCCGACAACGAUCUGCCGGCCAACAUCUAUUACUGGAAGGACUGGUCGGCGAUGGUCGCGAACGCCAGCUAUGAUGCGGGCAGCGUUCUGCCGUUCUUCCUCGACGCGGACGAGGCCGCCAACCCGGGCGGCUGGCCCGUCGGCGGCGUCACGCGGAUCGACCUGCCCAACAAUCACCUGCAAUAUGCCCUGACUUGGUACGGGCUGGCCGUCGUGCUCGUCGUGGUGACCGGCCUGUUCAUGUGGGGGCGGGCUCGAGGGACAACGGGAACGAUCAUGAACGUCCACGCCACCAAGCCGCCGCUGACGAUCCGCCUGUGCGAGCCGCGCGGCUUCUGCGCCGGCGUCGAUCGGGCGAUCCAGAUCGUCGUGCUGGCGCUGAAAAAGUAUGGCGCGCCGGUCUAUGUGCGCCACGAGAUCGUGCACAACAAGUUCGUCGUCGAGGCGCUGCGCGAGCGCGGCGCGGUGUUCGUCAAGGAGCUUGGCGACAUUCCGGCCGAACAUGUCGAUCGGCCGGUGGUCUUCUCCGCCCAUGGCGUCCCCAAAUCGGUGCCCGCCGAUGCCGAGGCGCGAAACCUUCUCUAUCUCGACGCCACAUGCCCGCUCGUCUCCAAGGUGCACAAACAGGCGAUGCGCCAUCAGCGUCUGGGCCGACACGUCCUUCUGGUCGGCCAUGAAGGCCAUCCCGAGGUCAUCGGCACGAUGGGUCAAUUGCCCGAGGGUGCCGUGACCCUGGUCGAGACCGUCGAGCAGGUGGCUGACCUGACGGUGCCUGACGACGACAAACUCGGCUUCGUCACCCAGACGACCCUGUCGGUCGACGACACCGCCGAUGUCAUCGCUGCCCUGCAGGCCCGGUUCCCGGCACUGACCGCCCCGUCGUCCGAGAGCAUCUGUUACGCGACCACCAACCGCCAGGAAGCGGUCAAGAAGGCGGCGCCGGGCACGGAGGUCUUUCUGAUCGUGGGCGCGCCGAACUCGUCCAACUCGAUGCGGCUGGUCGAAGUCGCCAAACGCCACGGCGCGCGUGAUUCGAUGCUGGUUCAGCGCGCCGCCGAUAUCGACUGGCGGCGCAUCGGCGAUGCCGCGACGAUCGGCAUGUCCGCCGGCGCCUCCGCUCCGGAGAUCGUCGUCGAGGAGAUCAUCGACGCUCUGCGCGAACGCCGCAAUGUCACCGUCGACAUCGCCCUGACCGCCGAGGAGAACGAGCUGUUCCCGGUGAUGCGGUCGUUGCGCGACACGCCGCUGACCGGGCAAGAUAUGGACGAACUGCGCGAUUUCAUCGCCCCUUACGGGGUCGGCGAACUCAAAUCCUACAAGGGCAUCGCCGAAGGCGUCGAGAACUCCAACUUCCUCGUCCACGCCGGCGACGACACUUUCAUCCUCACGCUGUACGAGAAGCGCGUCGAUCCCGCCGACCUGCCGUUCUUUCUGGGGUUGAUGGAGCAUCUGGCAACGCACGACAUUUCCUGCCCGCUGCCGGUCAAGCGCGGCGACGGCACCGUUCUGGGCGAACUGGCCGGCCGGCCAGCCGCCAUGGUGACGUUUCUGGAAGGUGUCUGGAUGCGACGUCCGUCCGCGACCCAUUGCGCCGGCGUCGGCACGGGUAUGGCGCGAAUGCAUCUGGCCGGCGCGGAUUUCGCCAUGCAGCGGCGCAACGGCCUGACCGUCGAGGACUGGCGCCCGCUCUGGCAGCAGUGCCUCAAGGCCCAUCCGGGCAUGGAACGCGAUCUCGCCCAGGAGACCGAAGCCCUGCUGGCCACGCUGGAGGAGCAAUGGCCGCGCGACCUGCCGCAGGGCACGAUCCAUGCGGAUCUGUUUCCCGACAAUGUGUUUUUUCUGGGCGACGAACUGUCCGGCUUCAUCGACUUCUAUUUCGCCUGCACCGACGCGCUUGCCUAUGAUGUCGCGGUCGCCCUCAAUGCCUGGUGCUUCGAGCGCGACCAUUCCUACAACAUCACCAAGGGCAAGGCGCUGCUUGACGCCUAUGACCGCGUCAGGCCGCUGACCGAUCCGGAGAUCGAAGCGCUGCCCGUGCUCGCCGCCGGCGCCUCCCUGCGCUUCAUGCUCACCCGCCUUUAUGAUUGGGUGACGACGCCGGAAGGCUCGCUUGUGGUCAAGAAGCGUAUCACCAUCCACACCGAUGGCGCCUGCUCGGGCAAUCCGGGGCCGGGCGGCUGGGGCGCAAUCCUCGAAUGGAACGGCAGCCGCAAGGAGCUGUCGGGCGGUGAGGCGCGGACCACCAACAACCGCAUGGAACUGAUGGCUGCGAUCGAGGCGCUCGGCGCGCUCAAGGGCGGCCCGCAUGCCGUCGAUCUCUAUACCGAUUCCUCCUACGUCAAGGAUGGCAUCUCGGGAUGGAUCCAUGGCUGGAAGAGAAAUGGCUGGAAGACGGCCGCCAAGAAGCCGGUCAAGAACGCCGAACUGUGGCAGGCGCUCGAUGCGGCAACCCAGCGCCAUGAUGUAACCUGGCAUUGGCUCAAGGGCCAUGCCGGCCACGAAGAGAACGAACGCGCGGACGAGUUGGCCCGCGGCGCCAUGGCGCCUUUCAAGAAGAGCGUUGGCGAAAAAGGGCAGGGAGGCGACAUUGACGAACGGCAAUGA